CUUUAUUUUUUGUAUAUGUUUUUUGUUAAUAUUUGGGAGCCAACUCUUCUCUCCAGGGUUUAUGCCCUUCUCCCGUGCUUUCCGUCUUAACUCUCUCUCCGAGGACUCUGUUCGCCGGAGCCGACUCGAGCGGUUCUCUACACGUCGAUGCCCUCCGGCGCGCACCGGCUACAGUCCGGCGAGAUCUCAGACCAGCUAGGUGAGAUGUUCAAUGCAUAUGGGAGGACAUAAUCUGCAGAAGUAACAAAUUGCUGAUGUAUUCAAAACGAUCGGGUAAAGGGGAUGGGCCUGUUUCAGGGCCAGUACGAACAAGUGACAGGCUCCGGAGAAGGCCUAAUGUCUAUGGUCGCCCUUACAUGUAUUUUCCACCAACAAUUAUUCGCACCAAAAAGAGCAAGACAAAGACAAGGACAGCAGCUUCUCAGAUUGCCAAGAUGUUGCGCCCAGGGAAUCGGCCAGUGCGGACCCCAAACUCUAAUUCAAUUGCAACCAAUCUUCGGCGUUCUACCAGAAAGAAAAGGCUUUCUGUGACACUGGAAGAUUACACUGACAGCUCUGGAACAGAGGAUGCUGACUUAAUGUUACCCACGUAUAAGCACUCUAGGAACCAGGUUGAUAAUAGUGCAAGUCAAGAUGAAUUAUCACCUCCUAAGCGUAAAAGAAUCCUUAAAACUAAGUUGUUGCCUCGCCGUGAAGGUUUGCGACCUCGCCGUUCAAAAGCAAUUGCAAGAGAACCAUUAAAUCUUGACUCUGAUGAUGAACAAGGUACUUCUGAAGAUAAGAUGGGCCAAGAUGAAGCAGAAAAUGGGAAUGAGGCUGAGGAUAAUGAUGAGGAUGAUGGUGAAGGUGAGGAUGAUGGAGAGGGCGAGGGUGAGGGCGAGGGUGAAGAUGAAGAAGAUGAGGAUGGAGAUGAUGAAGAAGGUGAAGAAGAACAGGAAGGUAGGAGGCGCUAUGACCUUCGUAAUCGUGCAGAUGUACGCAGGCUGUCUCUUGAUGAAGGUAAGCGAAAAGUAAGAUCUCCUCGAAGAGUACUACAACAAGGAAUGGGGACCAAGGUAAGCAGAGACGUGAGGAAAGGGGGAUCUCGAGUUCAUAGGCGUCAUCGCCUAACAAGAGUGGAAGAUUCAGAUGACUCCCUUCUGGUGGAUGAGCUGGACCAAGGGCCCGCUAUUCCCUGGGGCCGAGGUGGGAACAGAUCUGGGCCGCCCUGGCUUUUCGGUGGUCUAGAUAUGCAUGGAACAGCAGCAUGGGGAUUGAAUGUUGCAGCAUCUGGUUGGGGCCAUCAGAGUGAUGCUUUUGCUGCAUUGAAUUCUGGAAUCCAAACUGCUGGGCCAAGCUCUAAGGGAGGGGCUGAUAUUCAACCUUUACAGGUUGAUGAGAGUGUAAGUUUUGAGGACAUAGGAGGGCUUUCUGAAUAUAUUGACGCUUUGAAAGAAAUGGUUUUUUUUCCCUUACUCUACCCAGAUUUUUUCGCUAGUUACCACAUAACUCCUCCAAGGGGGGUCCUGUUAUGUGGCCCCCCUGGCACUGGGAAAACACUGAUUGCAAGAGCUUUAGCUUGUGCUGCUUCAAAGGCUGGACAGAAGGUCAGUUUUUACAUGCGUAAAGGAGCUGAUGUGCUCAGCAAAUGGGUUGGUGAGGCUGAACGACAAUUGAAACUACUUUUUGAAGAAGCCCAACGGAAUCAGCCUUCCAUUAUCUUCUUUGAUGAAAUAGAUGGACUGGCUCCUGUUAGGUCUAGCAAACAAGAGCAAAUCCACAAUUCUAUUGUGUCAACUUUGCUUGCGUUGAUGGAUGGGCUUGAUUCCCGUGGACAAGUUGUUUUAAUUGGAGCAACAAAUAGAAUUGAUGCCAUUGAUGGAGCCCUGCGACGUCCUGGCCGAUUUGAUCGUGAAUUUAACUUUCCUUUGCCUGGUUAUGAGGCACGUGCUGAAAUAUUAGACAUUCACACUCGCAAAUGGAAGCAGCCUCCUUCGAAGGAUCUGAAGUUGGAGCUUGCAGCUAGUUGUGUCGGUUAUUGUGGUGCUGAUUUGAAGGCUCUAUGCACUGAAGCUGCUAUUCGUGCUUUUCGCGAAAAAUAUCCUCAAGUUUACACUAGUGAUGACAAAUUUCUUAUAGAUGUUGAUUCAGUUAAAGUUGAGAAGUAUCAUUUUGUAGAAGCCAUGUCGACAAUUACCCCUGCUGCUCACAGAGGCUCCAUUGUGCAUUCUAGACCGUUAUCGCUAGUUGUUGCACCUUGUCUGCAAAGACAUCUCCAUAAAGCUAUGCAUAGUAUACUGGACAUUUUCCCUGCUCUUUCAGUUUCAUCAGAAUUGACUAAGCUUUCCAUGCUUUCCUAUGGUUCAGCAAUUCCACUCGUGUAUAGGCCUCGGAUUUUGCUGUGUGGUGGUGAAGGUGUUGGGCUGGAUCAUCUUGGUCCUGCCAUAUUACAUGAGCUGGAGAAAUUUCCUGUUCAUUCUCUUGGGCUUCCAUCUCUUCUUUCAGAUCCUAGUGCAAAGACACCAGAGGAGGCUUUGGUGCAUACAUUUGGUGAAGCUAGGAGAACGACACCGUCAAUUAUCUAUUUACCUCAGUUUCAUAUUUGGUGGGAUAAUGCACAUGAUCAGCUUAGGGCUGUUUUGUUGACUCUGUUGGAAGAAUUGCCAUCUGACCUUCCCAUACUAUUACUUGGAACAUCCUCUACUCCGCUUUCAUUACUUGAUGAGCAGGCUUCUUCAGUAUUUCCUCACCGUAGUGUUUAUCAAGUGGACAAACCUUCAGCUGAAGACCGGUUAUUGUUUUCUGAGCAUUUGAUUGAAGCUGCCCUGUCGCUCCUUGGUGAGAGUGUGAUUAAAAAGUCCAAGGAACCAGUAUCCCAUUUGGAACUUCCCAAAGCACCAAAAGUUGCAAGUGGCCCGAAGGCAUCUGAAUUAAAAGCCAAGGUAGAAGCUGAGCAGCAUGCACUUCGCCGAUUGCGAAUGUGCUUUCGAGAUGUUUGCAACCGGAUUUUGUAUGAUAAACGGUUCAGUGUAUUCCAUUUCCCUGUUAUGGAUGAGGAUGCACCAAACUAUCGCUCAAUCAUCCAGAAUCCCAUGGACGUGGCUACCCUGUUGCAGCGUGUAGACAGUGGACAUUAUAUUACGAGCACAGCAUUCCUGCAAGAUGUUGAUCUCAUUGUGAAUAAUGCAAAGGCUUAUAAUGGAGAUGAUUAUAAUGGUGCUAGGAUUGUUAGUAGAUCUUGUGAGCUUCGAGAUGCAGUGCAUGGAAUGCUGUCACAAAUGGACCCUGCACUGGUCACAUUCUGUGAUAAGAUUGCUGCCGAAGGAGGUCCAAUGCCAGUGCCAGAUGAUUUAAGGAACGCCUCUAUCCCAUCAGCUCCAGUUGUUCAGUUGGCAACUGUUACAAGGGCAAGUGCGCGACUUCGUAAUGUCCAGCCGGAGGUUAAUCUGGACCAAAGCUAUGAAGCUUUGAAACGACAAAAGAAGAAUUUUGAUGCUGCACAUGCAGCUUCUACAGCAGAUGAUCGGCCACGGGCUCAAGAAUCAAUACCAUUACAGUCUUCUCAUGAAGUAGCAGAUGCAAACGAUAGAAGCCCAGGAAGGCCAGAAGCCUGCCCAGCUGAUGGCAAUAGACUUGAAACUUCAAGAGAAGCAUCUGGGCGUGCUGGUGGAAGUCGAUCGCCUGAAGAUGUUACAAUGUUGGAUGAAGAGAUUUCAGGACAAGCGGAGUCCGAGUCCGUGAAGCGCCGGUUUGUGGAGCGUACCGAAGGCUAUGGCAUUCCACAGCUUGAGAGACUCUACACUCGUGCUAUGAAAGGUGUAUUUGAAACUAAAGAUACAGGAGUGGGAUUUACCAAGCCUUCAAUUUUAAGGUUUCUGUCGUGGUUUGCUGAGGAUGAGGCAAAUUUCUGAGUUUGGAACUUUUCUCCCUGAAAUUCUUUUUUACUGUUUUGAUUUACACUUGAAUAAGUUAAUGUAUAAAGUCCGGAUUUUUUUCCCCCCGAUGCAA